AUGACCGAUGAUGCCCUAGACCGACCACAUACUGCGUCGCCUAGGCUUCCGGGCAUUACGUCCUCCGCUAGUCCAUCGGCAGGAACGGGCUCGAGAGGUGGUCACGAGGUGGGCUUCGUACAGCCAUCUUCCUAUCUCCGACCCCGCGCUGUGUCUCGUCCAAUGUCUCCCGCUCAACCAGAGCGAGCUGUCGACCGCGAUGAAAGAUUGGCGCUGCGUGAAAUCCGAAAAUUCCUCAAAGUCCGUACCAGCUAUGACGUCCUGCCUCUUAGCUUCCGCCUAAUUGUCUUUGACACCGCCCUCUCAGUGAAGGAGAGUCUCAACAUUUUAACGCAGAAUGGAAUUGUAUCUGCUCCACUAUGGGAUUCCACGACCUCAACUUUUGCCGGGUUACUCACCACGUCGGACUACAUCAACGUCAUUCAGUACUACUUCCAGUAUCCAGCUGCGUUAGCGAAAAUAGACCAGUUCCGCCUGAACAGCCUGCGUGAAGUCGAGAGAGCGUUGGGCGUUGCUCCACCAGAAACUGUUUCUAUUGACCCCGAACGACCCCUGUAUGAAGCGUGCCGGCGUAUGCUCUCUUCCAGAGCACGCAGAAUACCUUUGGUGUCGUACGAUUCUCAAACUGAAAGACCCCUGGUAGUUAGCGUAAUCACGCAAUACCGCAUUCUAAAGUUUGUAGCUGUAAACGUUAGUGAAACGCAAAAGUUACGAAAACCUUUGAGAGAAAUAAAUCUCGGGACAUAUAAUGACGUUGUUACUGCCACCAUGGACACACCUGUCAUUGAUGUGAUCCACAAAUUGGUUGAGCGUAGCAUAUCCAGCGUUCCAAUCAUUAAUUCUGAAGGCGUUGUAUACAAUGUUUUCGAAGCGGUUGACGUCAUAACACUGAUCAAGGGGGGUGUUUACGAUGACCUUAAUCUUGGAGUCGGUGAGGCUUUGAAAAAGCGACCAGUUGGUUUCCCCGGAAUCUACACAUGCUCACCAGAUGAUGGUCUCGACACCAUACUUGACACAAUUCGUCGGUCACGAGUACAUCGUUUGGUCGUUGUGGAUGAAAAUUGCCGCCUCAAAGGCGUUCUCACAUUGAGCGACAUAUUACGCUAUAUCCUUCUAGAAGGCGAACCAGACGAAGCAUGA